CGAAAAUAAUAGUGUAUAUGUGUGUGUGCGUGUGUGUUUGCGCUUAUGUAUGAAGAAAAGAGUAAGAUAGAAGAGAAGAGGAAACAAAAAACGUAAUAGAAUUGAUAAAACAUAAUUGUGACGCGCGGGGGAAAUUUAGCGCCAGGAAUAGGAAAUCAUUUGAACAUUUAAUGUAGGAGGCAAAAGGUAAGAAGGAGGCAAUAGCAAACCAAAGCCGAAGCGAAAAUCUAAAAAUAGCAACAACAAAUUGACGCAGGCAGCACAAUUCUCUUACACACACACACACUCUCUGUCUCUCUGGCUGGGACUUUUGGCUUCAUUUGUGUGUUUCUAGUAGAGUGUUUUAGCCUGUCAAACCGCCCGACUGACCCCCUGCCGCCGCCGCCGCCCUCCUUGCCAACGGGUCCAAGAAAGAACCGUCAAAUCGACAAAAUAAUAUAAAUAGAGAGUGAACUGCGUGCGUCCAUUUGCCCCUCUGUGUUUGUGUGUGUGUGUGUGUGUGUGUGUGCAAACGAUAACAUUAAUAACAAAAUACCGAUAGCAACAACAAUAAUAACAACAACAACAACGGAUCAAAAUUAUGCUUUUGAAAUUCACAAAAACCAGCAACGGUGGCACCACGGCCACAGUUGUGCGCUCCGGAGUCGGCGUUGGAGUCGGAAUUGUUGGAGCAGCAACUGGUUCCAAUUCGGCCACCACAAGCUAUGUCGCACGCGGAACAGGCAUGCGUAUGACCAUGUCAACCAAUUCCACAAUGAGUCCGCGGAUACAUCGAAAGGGCUUUCGCAUACCAUCGAAAAGACAACCAGGCAAAGGGUUGCCAGGCAAAUUGCAUACCAUAAGUCGGACGGGUCCUGGUAAGAUGGUGCCUGGAAAGCGAAUACCACAACGACCGCAUCCGCCGCCCUGUGACAAUUCCAAUGACAGUGGACUCGGUUUCGAGCAGCACACGGAGAUGCGACAAGGAGCAGCAGUUGCUGCCGCACAAGCAGCCGCGGCAGCAGCAGCAGCGGCGGCGGCGGCUGUUGGUGGCGACCCAACUGGCAGCUCCUCCUCCUCAUCAUCAUCGUCGUCAUCAACAUCGUCAUCGUCGUCGUCGUCGUCCUCCUCCUCGUCAUCGGCCAAUGGUCAGCGGGCAAAUCUGUGCUCCAUGAACAGGUCUCUCACUAAUACGGUAGCUGCAGCAGCUGCAGCUGCAGCCGCGGCUGUGGCAAGCAACACACUGCAACAGCAUCAACAUCAGCAGCAUCAUCAGCAGCAGCAACAACAGCAUUUAAUUCGAGCCAUACCCGUAUCAAGAUCGCGGCAUGCCAAGAAAAUGACAACUUCAUCUGGUUGCAAGAGCAACUGCAGCAUCAGUAGCGGCAGCAUCAGCAGCAGUAGCAACCAGAGCAGCCACAGCAAUUAUCUGGAUGACCUAGAUGUGGCCUCAUCGUCGGCAUCGUCGUCGGAGGAUUCGCACUCAUGCUCGUUAAUGUUCAACAAUUUGGAUGAGGAUACGGGUUUUGGCAAUGAUAAUACCAAUCCCAAUCCCAAUGCCAAUUCAAAUUCAAAUUCAUUAUCAACAACAUCAUCAACAACAAAGGCAAAUCAAAGCGUCGGUCUUGAUCUUUUUGGUGGCGUUUUCAAUGCAACUAUGAGCCAUAAGGCUGCCGAAGUUGCCGCUGUUGCAGCUACUGCAACGGCCUUUGCUGUUCAACAGCAUCAGCAGCAGCAACAACAUCAACAGCAGCAACACCAGCAGCAGCAGCAACAACAGCAGCAGCAGCAGCAACAACAUCAAUUGCAAGAUUUCUCGUAUCCCGGCUUACUCUUGGGAGGAGGUUCUGGGUCAAGUGAAAUAGGAAGCAGGACUCUAGGAUCCGGCGGUGGCAAAUACAUAAAACGCAAAAAGCUCGAGUGCAACCAUGUCGAACUGGACAAUGAUGAUGCCUGCAGUGAGGAUGAGUUCAUACGAAAGAUAGCCAACUCGAUGCCAAGCCAUGAACGACAGGCGAAUCUUGUAGAGAAUGUCAAUCAAACGCCACGCCCCAUCGCCGCCCAAAGCAAUGAGCCAAAAUUCAUCUCAGCUCGAACCGUGCAACGAGUGGCUAAUAAACGUCAACCCCAGACGCCAUUGAACAGCAUCGCCAGCUCGAAUGACGGACAAGUUCAGCUUGAAAUUAUCUCACAGCCGGAACAACAGCAUCGGGCCCGGUAUCAGACUGAAGGUAGUCGCGGAGCUGUCAAGGAUCGCAGCGGCAAUGGUUUCCCCAUUGUCCGUCUAACUGGCUACGAUAAAUCGGCCAUUCUGCAGGUCUUUAUCGGCACCGAUAUCGGUCGUGUGGCCCCUCAUAUGUUCUAUCAGGCAUGCAAAGUUGCCGGCAAGAACUCCACCCAAUGCAAUGAGAAGAAAGUAGAUGGCACAAUGGUCAUUGAAAUUGAUUUUAAACCUGAAACCGAUAUGACCAUCACAUGCGAUUGCGUUGGCAUCUUGAAGGAACGCAACGUUGAUGUGGAGCAUCGUUUUCCCGAGCAUUUGGCACAGAAGAACAAAAAGAAAUCAACACGCUGUCGCAUGGUCUUUCGCACUCAAUUAACCCGUGCCGAUGGCACCACCGAAACACUUCAAGUCUGUUCAAAUCCCAUCAUAUGCACUCAACCUCCCGGUGUGCCCGAGAUUUGUAAAAAGUCCCUCAACUCAUGCCCCGUCGAUGGUGGUCUAGAAUUGUUUAUUAUUGGUAAAAAUUUCUUAAAGGACACACACGUUGUGUUCCAGGAGACAUACGAUAGUGUUAACGCCGAUGAUCCAGCCACUGAGAUAGCUGUGCGUCAGCAAAUGAUUGGGGGUACAGCCGCCCUCUGGGAGCAGAGUGUACAGCCCGAUAAGGAGUAUUUGCAUCAGACGCAUCUCAUUUGCACGGUGCCACCGUAUCUGCAUCAGAAUCUAUUGAAACCAGUGAGCGUUCAAGUGUCAAUCAUUUCCAGUGGCAAGAAGAGUGAACCGCAUAACUUUAUCUAUACACCAAAGGGCACCUAUACAACAUUAGCGGCGGCCAGCACGUUAAGUAGCACAAUACAUUCGCAAGAUGUUGUGAGCAACUUUAUGGAUACAACAGCAGCUCCAUCCAAUUCGAAUAUAGUCGGCAGCAGCUCGAGCAAUUGGUCGGACAGUGUCAAUGUCAACGGCAAUGUGAGUGGAGUAGUAGUCAGUGGUGGCAGCAAUCCCAACGGUGGCCUAUCCCCAGUGGCCUUGGUGACUGGUGGCGAAGUGGAGACGAAACAUGAAAUUGAUUCCGGUAUGAUGCCACCGCCGAUCACCACACAAAUACCGAUGGGUGUGCGACGCUCAUCAUUGCCCAGUGUGGCUGGGACACCAAUGAUAACCGAUCAGCAAUUGGUCCAUUUGAGUGCCGAGGCGGCAGCCCUCAAGAGUGAGCUGCUCGACGAGAAUAGUUCGCAUAGCAGUCCGAUAUCGGUUAACGUAGCCCAAUUGACGCCAUCGGAGAGCGUUGGUGGUGCCGGUAGUGCCGGUGGUGCCGAUCAGCCUGUGUUGCAUCCGGGCAGUCCAAACGGUGCCCUCCAGCAAUACCAUCAGCAGGCAGCGGCAGCGGCCGCAGUGGCAGCAGUUCGUUUCGCGACACGUAAGACAAGUCUGGAUACCAUAAUGUAUGAUCAAUCGAAUAGCUUGCCCGGAUUUCCCAGUGUGGUGGCUCCAGCCACCGCUGCAGCGGUGGCCGCCGCCGUCGACAUCGAUCCGGCUGCUGUGGCCGUGGCCGUUGAGAUGGCCGUCAAGAAUGAGAUAGUCAAGCAUGUGGUGCAACAGCAGCAGCAACAGCAGCAGCAGCAGCAGCAGCAGCUUAUCGAAGAGCUCACCAAAUCCACAUCGGUGGUCAGUAGCAAUGGCACUGUCACCGAACCGGCUGCAGCUCUAUUCACCCGAUCGGCUGUGAUCGAUCAUGCCCUCACCGAUAUGCUGCAAUCGAAAGUGAACUCGGUAACGGCAGCAACAUCGAACGCAGUUCUGGAGCGCAGCCUCUCGUUGAGCUCCACCAAUUCGAGUAGCUCACUGAGCGGCAGUGAACCAUCACCGAAUAGUUCGCCACUUUCACAGGAUAUUAUACUCAAUUCAGAGCCAGCUGCUGCCCUGGGAGCCGGAUUGCCCAUGCAACAGCAGCAACAACAGCAGCAACAGCAACAACAGCAACAGCAGCAGCAACAGCAAGUGGCAGCAGGCGCCACUGGUGCAGUCGAUGCCCUGUCCACCGAUAUAAUUAUGAAUUCCGCUGUCUCACCAUCGACCAUUCUAUGUUCGGCGAAUGGCGCUGCCACUGCUGUGGUGCCCAACAUUUUGGCUCCCCAUCAGGUGACCAUGGCCAAUUCCAUACUCAAUGACAUUGCCAUGCAACCGGAGCCCACCCAGCAGGAUGCUACUGUGGCAGCAUUGGCCUUGAGCAACAUUAUGAUGAGUCCACCGAAUGCCUCUGUGGUCACAGCCGAUGCUCUACCCCUUAAUCCCACAGCGCCAGCGCUUCAAUCGGAUCCGGUGGCAGCGACAGCAACCUCAACGGCUGUUAGCAAUAUGAUUCUAAAGGCGGCUGCCGAUUUCAUUACUACCCAGGAGCAGGAGCAGCAUCAUUUCCACCAUCAUCAGCAAACGAUGCCCCAUCAUCCCACACAGCAGGCGGCUGUCCCAUCUGCUGUAACGGCAGCAGGAGCUUCCACCGAUCCGCUGGUUAAUCUGCUACUGGGCAAUCAUUCGAGCACACCGGAAACAGCUGCUGUUGCUGCAGCAGCUGCCGUCGAGGCGGCCAAUUACCAGUCGCUUGCCGUUGCCCAUGCCCACUCCCAUUCUCACCCCCACAGCCAUCAACAUUCGCACUCCCAUGCCCUCGCCCAUGCCCAUGCCCACGCCCAUGCCCAUACGCACGCGCAUUUGCCCGUUGUGCCAUCCACACCACAAGAAUCUCUCAUUGUUGCCUUGGCCACGGAAAAUGCUCUACAAAAGUCGGUGGCCACCGCCGCUGUGACCACCAAUGGUGCCGUUAUGACUCAACAGGCCUCGACGCCGGCAACAACUGCUGGCAGCAUUCUGCCCGCCGCUGUUGGAGCCGUAGCUGCUGCCGCAGCUGUGCAGCAGGCAGUCCAACCGCCGAUACCACAGGAGUUAACCACAAUGUCGGAUCAGGAUCUGAUUAGUUACAUAAAUCCGAGUACCUUCGAUCAGCUUUGAACACAUCCGUUUGGCCGAUCAUCAAAUUAAGUCUGUGGCAAUUAUUUUUUUUUAAUCUAAUUGUAAUGAUUUCUGCACAUAAUGUUACGUAAUAUUACUUCUCUACACAGGCUUAGAUACUAAGCAUAGAUAAUAGAUACAUAUAUAUGGAUGUAGAUGAGGAUUUAAUGAUGGAUAUAUAUAUAUAUUAAAUGGUGACCACCCUCAGAAUCACCCUCCUCCUUCCUUACCGCGCAAAAAACCUGGGAAACAAUAAAAGAAAUGUUUUUGGUUUUUAAUUUUUUUUUUUUU